AUGCAUAAACAAAAGGUUAGAAAUACAAAGAAAAACCUUAUUGCUUUCCGCACAUGGGACCAAAUAGAAGUACCAGAAAAGAUCAAGAAGCUUCUAAAAAAAGGCCCAAAUUUUGUUCCAGUGGAGGCCAUGAAUUGGGAAACCUCAGUACAGGAAAUUGAAAGGGGCAUUGUUGGGCUAGACGAUUUAGAAAAAGAGUACUUCAGAUGGAAAGCAGUCCUUAACAACAGACAGAGGGACCGAAAGCAAGAUAUUGGAAGUAGUGACAUCCGGCUCACUAAGAAUUGGUUAAAGCAGAAUGAUUUGGUGUUGACUAGGGCAGAUAAAAGUAAACAACUAGUCAUCAUGAAAAGGCGUACGUAUAACGAAGCACUAAUGGAUUACAUCGAAAAGACAGAGUGUGAAAAGAUCAACAGCAAUUUUAUUGGAAGCUUGGAUAGAAGGGUCAGGAAGCUAGAGGUCUCUAAACUUUCCAAAGCUUUGCCUUUUCUCAAGAAAUGCAGGAACCCUAGACCUGGAACACCUAGGUUAUUUGCUUUCGCUAAGGUGCAUAAAACCGGUAAAGAAAUAAGACCGGUUGUAGAGAAAUGCAGAGGUCCCACGUUUGUGUUAGAAAAGAGGUUGCAUAAGUAUUUAUCCUCUCAGCUAGACACAGAUACUCUAGUUGCACGUGAUCCUAUGAAGGUAGUUAAGGAUCUACAAAAUAUAGCAUUAAUGGAAGAUGAAGUUGCAACUGUCUUCGACUAUGAAAGCAUGUAUCCGUCAGUAAAGAUAGAAUCGUGCGAGGAGGCGCUAUUGGAUUUCUUAUACUGUAAUAACUCGGAAUUGCUUAGUUAUACUGAAGAAGUAGAGAGUUUGACUAGUUUGGUCUGCCGUGAAUCUUGUUUCGCUUUUAAUGGACAGAUCUACAGACAGAGAAGAGGGGUCCCUAUGGGAAGCCCGCUCUCAGGGAUCCUAUGCGAAUUGGAAAGGUCAGAGUUUCGUGCAAUUUCUUCGCCAACUGCCAUUUUUGGUCGUUCCAUGAAACCAUUAAAUAGGAAGGAAAGAAGAUUCAGUUGGAAUUGA